UGGGGGACGUUUCUUUCACGGGCUGGACCGUGCAUGGAGACAACCAAAACUUCAUCAGGUUCGGAGUCGUGGGAAGGGGGGAGCCCGGGGUCCCAUGUUCCCCUGUCGCUCCUGUGCAUGCACGGGCCAGGCAGGGAAGGAAUCAAAGCUCGGGAUUCGCUGCGUUGCCUCCAGGAAGAACAUCAGGAUCGCCAGAAAGGUCGGAGCCAUUCAGGAUUAGGCUAAAAGUGAGGAACCUGUUUCCAGGAGAUGUGUGAAUGAAAACAUCAUGUUAAGCUGAUCUAUUGAUUCGGGUAUUAUUCUGUUUAAAUUGAAUGUUAGUUUGUUGAUUGUCAUUUCUCAGGUAGCCAUCACAGUUUGGGCCAGGAGUUUAAUGAGGUUCUGCUGGCUAAAGUUACACUGAAAGUUCAAAUAUUGAUUGAUUUACCUAUUAAAUCAAUUUAGAAAGCCACUCAUCUCAAUGUCUAUUUGUGACCUGAGACAUUUAUGAUCUGGAUUGUGCAGAGGUUGGUUUUCACGCUGCAAGCAGCCAUCAACAUUAUUUGAAUAAAUCAGUAGGAAUAAGAAAUCAAAAACAUAUUUUAAAUUUAUUUAUACAAAUUGUUUAGUCCUUGAAAGAAGUUGAUCUAGAACAGUGGUUCUCAAUCGUCGUGUGAUGGCAACCCCUGUCACAUGGACGUGCCGCGCAUGCGCAGCGUGCAUGCAUGGCGCCGCCCCCUGGCGGGAAAAUGGCGGAUCGCGUUGUUUUGCGACUCUCGUAAAAUGGUCGAUCGACCCCAAAUGGGGUCGCGACCCAUAGGUUGAGAACCGCUGAUCUAGAAGGUUACUACAGAUUUUUUUCCACACAGAGAUACAUCACUACCUACAAAGAUUUCACCUCUCUUCCCAGAUAUUGGUGGGUUCAUAAGAAUUUCUUCUUUCAGUUUUUGUGUGUGCUCAGUUGUUAAGUUGGUCAACUUGUAUUUCUGGAAUUUUCUUUUGUUUUCCAUUUCAGAUAUGUAAGUUGGAAAUCUUUCCUGAUUGCUUUUGAGUCUUAAAUAUCUUGUGUAGGAAGAUGGCUAAAUGGACUUAGGAAAUUUUGAUAGACCUCUUCUGAUUAGGAAGACCUGUGCAGAUCCAUCAGUCUGUUUUGGAGCUGGAUUAGAGAGCAGAGAGAAGAUGGAGGGACAAUGCCCAGCUGGAAAAAGCCCUGCAGCUGUUCAGUCUUGGAGCUUUGAGAUGAAUGGGGCAAGUCCUGGGCAGAAGAACCAAGAAGAGGAAGCCAACAGUUCAGAGGUCCAAUGCUGUCACUUCAGAAAAGUGCAGUUCCAUGAGGGGAGGGGUCCCCGAGAUAUUUGCAGUCAGCUUCACCGCCUUUGCUGUCAGUGGCUGCAGCCAGAAAGACACACAAAGGCCCAGAUGCUGGACCUGGUACUCCUGGAGCAGUUCCUGGCUUUCCUUCCCCCAGAGAUGGAGAAAUGGGUGCGGGAGUGUGGAGCAGAGACCAGUUCCCAGGCGGUGGCCCUGGCCGAAGGCUUCUUGCUGAACGUGGGUGUGGAAAACAUGCAAGAAGAGUUCCAGAAAUCCUUGGAAGCUACGACUGAAUAUCCCAAGGGGGGGAAAGAUUCAUCCAAACCCUCUCAAGAGCUGCUGUUUGGGGAGAACUUCCAGAAAGGUCAAAGUCAAGAAAUCAUGCCAGAGAGCAGAAAGCUGUCCAUGGAAUUUGUAGAGUCACCUCCUCUUUGUGGCGGAGCUGAAGGAUUGGCUGAACCUCUACUUCCGGAUGUUGUGUCUUUUGAGGAAGUGGCUGUGUAUUUCUCCAAGGAGGAGUGGUCUCAGCUGGACCCUGCCCAAAAAGCGCUUCACGGAGAAGUCAUGCUGGAGAAUUCCAGGAAUCUGGCUUCUCUGGGCUUUAAUGGGCAAGAAAAUAAGAAUUUCAAGGAAGAACGCCAAAUGAUCCAUUCAAAAGAGGGAAAAGAAAAGUUUCCAGAUCAGAUACAGCCAAAGAGGGAUGAAACAAAGAAAUCACAAAGUGGAAUGAAAAAAUGCCUUCCGAGGGUCGCGAGAGAUGAUCGGUGCAUUGUCCAGAAGAGACUGAAAGGGCUUCUCCGGAGUUCAGUAAGUGGGGGGGACGUUUCUUUCACCGCCUGGACCGUGCAUGGAGACAACCAAAACUUCAUCAGGUUCGGAGUCGUGGGAAGGGGGGAGCCCGAGGUCCCAUGUUCCCCUGCCGCCCCUGUGCAUGCACGGGCCAGGCAGGGAAGGAAUCAAAGCUCCGGACGCGCUGCGUUGCCUCCAGGAAGAACAUCAGGAUCGCCAGAAAGGAAGACCUGUGCAGAUCCAUCAGUCUGUUUCGGAGCUGGAUUAGAGACCAGAGAGAAGAUGGAGGGACAACGCCCAGCUGGAAAAAGCUCUGCAGCUGUUCAGUCUUGGAGCUUUGAGAUGAAUGGGCAGAAGAGUCAAGAAGAGAAAGCCAAGAGUUCAGAGGUCCAAUGCUGUCACUUCAGAAAAGUGCAGUUCCAGGAGGGGAGGGGUCCCCGAGAAGUUUGCAGUCAGCUUCACCGCCUUUGCUGUCAGUGGCUGCAGCCAGAAAGACACACAAAGGCUCAGAUGCUGGACCUGGUGCUCCUGGAGCAGUUCCUGGCUUUCCUUCCCCCAGAGAUGGAGAAAUGGGUGCGGGAGUGUGGAGCGGAAACCAGUUCCCAGGCAGUGGCCCUGGCCGAAGGCUUCUUGCUGAACGUGGGUGUGGAAAAGAUGCAACAAGAGUUCCAGAAAUCCUUGGAAGUUAUGACUGAGUAUCCCAAGGGGGGAGAAGAUUCAUCCAAACCCUCUGAAGAGCUGCUGUUCGGGGAGAACUUCCAGAAAGGUCAAAGUCAGGACAUCACGCCAGAGAGCAGAAAGCUGUCCAUGGAAUUUGUAGACUCACCUCCUCUUUGUGGUGGAGCUGUAGGAUUGGCUGAAACUCUACUUCAAGGUGUUGUGUCUUUUGAGGAAGUGGCUGUGUAUUUCUCCAAGGAGGAGUGGUCUCAGCUGGACCCUGCCCAAAAAGCGCUUCACGGAGAAGUCAUGCUGGAGAAUUCCAGGAAUCUGGCUUCUCUGGGCUUUAAUGGGCAAGAAAAUAAGAAUUGCAAGGAAGAAUGCCAAAUGAUCCAUUCCAAAGAGGGAAAAGAAAAGUUUCCAGAUCAGAUACAGCCAAAAAGUGAUGAAACGAAGCAAUCACAAGGUGGAAUGAAAAAAGGCUUUCCGUGGGUCAGUUGGCUUCAUAACCAUACAAGCAUUGAUAUGAGAAAAGAACCAUAUAAAUGCAUGGAGUGUGGAAAGACCUUUACUCGGAGCAAUAAUCUUAAUUCCCACAAGAGGAUCCACACAGGAGUGAAGCCAUAUCAGUGCCUGGAAUGUGGAAAGAGCUUUAUCUAUAGCAGUCGUCUCAAUUCCCAUAAGAGGAUCCACACAGGAGAGAAGCCAUAUCAAUGCAUAGAAUGUGGAAAGACCUUUACUUGUAGCAGUCGUCUCAAUUCCCAUAAGAGGAUCCACACUAGAGAGAAGCCAUAUCAAUGCCUGGAAUGUGGAAAGUCCUUCUCUUGUAAUUACUUUCUUACAAUACAUCAUAGGAAUCACAAAGGAAAAAGACCUUAUAAAUGCAUGGAGUGCGGAAAGACCUUUACUCGUAGCAGUAAUCUUAAUUCCCACAAGAGGAUCCACACAGGAGAGAAGCCAUAUGAAUGCCUGGAAUGUGGAAAGACCUUUACCUAUAGUGGUAAUCUUAAUUCCCACAAGACGGUCCACACAGGAGAGAAGCCAUAUCAGUGCCUGGAAUGUGGAAAGACUUUUACUUGUAGCAGUAGUCUCAAUUACCAUAAGAAAAUCCACACUGGAGAGAAGCCAUAUCAAUGUAUGGAAUGUGGAAAGACCUUUACUUGUAGUGGUACUCUCAAUACUCAUAAGAGGAUUCACACUGGAGAGAAGCCAUAUCCAUGCAUGGAAUGUGGAAAGACCUUUACUUGUAGCAGUAACCUCAAUUCCCAUAUGAGGGUCCACACUGGAGAGAAGCCAUAUCAAUGCAUUGAAUGUGGAAAGAGCUUUACUUGUAGCAGUAGUCUUAAUUCCCACAAGAGGAUCCACACUGGAGAGAAGCCAUAUCAAUGCCUAGAAUGUGGAAAGACCUUUACUUAUAGGAGUAGUCUCAAUUCCCAUAAGAGAAUCCACACUGGAGAGAAGCCAUAUCAGUGCCUGGAAUGUGGAAAGACCUUUACUUGUAGCAGUCAUCUCAAUUCCCAUAAGAGGAUCCACACUGGAGAGAAGCCAUAUCAGUGCCUGAAAUGUGGAAAAACCUUUUCUUGUAGUGGUACUCUCAAUACCCAUAAGAGGAUCCACACUGGAGAGAAGCCAUACCCAUGCAUGGAAUGUGGAAAGACCUUUAUUUGUAGCAGUAACCUCAGUUCCCAUAAGAGGGUCCACACUGGAGAGAAGCCAUAUCAAUGCAUGGAAUGUGGAAAGAGCUUUUCUUGUAGCAGUCAUCUUAAUACCCAUAAGAGGAUCCACACUGGAGAGAAGCCAUAUCCAUGCAUGGAAUGUGGAAAGACCUUUACUUGUAGCGCUAACCUCAAUUCCCAUAAGAGGGUCCACACUGGAGAGAAGCCAUAUCAAUGCAUGGAAUGUGGAAAGACCUUUACUUGUAGCAGUCGUCUCAAUUCUCAUAGGUGGAUCCACACUGGAGAGAAGCCAUAUCAAUGCCUGGAAUGUGGAAAGACCUUCUCUUGUAAUUCCUCUCUUAAAAUCCAUCAUAGGAAUCACAACGGAAAAAGACCUUAUAAAUGCAUGGAGUGCGGAAAGACCUUUACUCAGAGCAGUAAUUUUAAUUCCCACAAGAGGAUCCACACAGGAGAGAAGCCAUAUCAAUGCCUAGAAUGUGGAAAGACCUUUACCAAUAGCGGUAAUCUUAAUUCUCACAAGACGGUCCAUACAGGAGAGAAGCCAUAUCAAUGCAUGGAAUGUGGAAAGACUUUUACUUGUAGCAGUAGUCUCAGUUCCCAUAAGUGGAUCCACGCUGGAGAAAAGCCAUAUCAAUGCCUGGAAUGUGGAAAGUCCUUCUCUUGUAAUUACUCUCUUACAAUCCAUCAUAGGAAUCACAAAAGAAAAAGUCCUUAUAAAUGCAUGGAGUGCGGAAAGUCCUUUACUCAGAGAAGUAAUCUUAAUUCCCACAAGAGGAUCCACACAGGAGAGAAGCCAUAUCAAUGCACGGAGUGUGGAAAGACCUUCACCUAUAGCAGUAGUCUUAAUUCUCACAAGACGGUCCACACAGGAGAGAUGCCAUACAAAUGUGUGGAAUGUGGAAAGAGUUUUAGGUGGAAUUGUGAUUUUAUCUCCCACAAAAGAAGCCACACAGGGGAGAAGCCAUAUCAAUGCAUGGAGUGUGGGAAGAGCUUUGCCACGAGUUCCGCUCUUGUUUGCCAUAGAAGGAUCCAUACACGGGAGAAACCAUAUCAAUAAAAGAAGUGUGAGAAGAAGUGUGGGCUGCAAGAGAUGGACUUAGGAAAUUUUGAGAGACCUCUUCUGAUUAGGAAGACCUGUGCAGAUCCAUCAGUCUGUUUCGGAGCUGGAUUAGAGAGCAGAGAGAAGAUGGAGGGACAACGCCCAGCUGGAAAAAGCCCUGCAGCUGUUCAAUCUUGGAGCUUUGAGAUGAGUGGGGCAAGUCCUGGGCAGAAGAACCAAGAAGAGGAAGCCAACAGUUCAGAGGUCCAAUGCUGUCACUUCAGAAAAGUGCAGUUCCAGGAGGGGAGGGGUCCCCGAGAUAUUUGCAGUCAGCUUCACCGCCUUUGCUGUCAGUGGCUGCAGCCAGAAAUAAACACAAAGGCCCAGAUGCUGGAUCUGGUGCUCCUGGAGCAGUUCCUGGCUUUCCUUCCCCCAGAGAUGGAGAAAUGGGUGCGGGAGUGUGGAGCAGAGACCAGUUCCCAAGCGGUGGCCCUGGCCGAAGGCUUCUUGCUGAACGUGGAUGUGGAAAAGAUGCAACAAGAGUUCCAGAAAUCCUUGGAAGCUACGACUGAGUAUCCCAAGGGGGGGAAAGAUUCAUCCAAACCCUCUCAAGAGCUGCUGUUCGGGGAGAACUUCCAGAAGGGUCAAAGUCAGGACAUCACGCCAGAGAGUAGAAAGCUGUCCAUGGAAUUUGUAGAGUCACCUCCUCUUUGUGGCGGAGCUGAAGGAUUGGCUGAACCUCUACUUCAGCAUGUUGUGUCUUUUGAGGAGGUGGCUGUGUAUUUCUCCAAGGAGGAGUGGUCUCAGCUGGACCCUGCCCAAAAAGCGCUUCACGGAGAAGUCAUGCUGGAGAAUGCCAGGAAUCUGGCUUCUCUGGGCUUUAAUGGGCAAGAAAAUAAGAAUUGCAAGGAAGAAUGCCAAAUGAUCCAUUCCAAAGAGGGAAAAGAAAAGUUUCCAGAUCAGAUACAGCCAAAGAGGGAUGAAACGAAGCAAUCACAAAGUGGAAUGAAAAAAGGCUUUCCGAGGGUCAGUUGGCUUCAUAACCAUACAAGCAUUGAUAUGAGAAAAGAACCAUAUAAAUGCAUGGAGUGUGGAAAGACCUUUACUCGGAGCAAUAAUCUUAAUUCCCAUAAGAGGAUCCACACUGGAGAGAAGCCAUAUCAAUGCCUGGAAUGUGGAAAGAACUUUACUUGUAGGAGUAGUCGCAAUUCCCAUAAGAGAAUCCACACUGGAGAGAAGCCAUAUCUAUGCAUGGAAUGUGGAAAGACCUUUACUUGUAUCACUAAUCUCAAUUCCCAUAAGAGGAUCCACACUGGAGAAAAGCCAUAUCAGUGCCUGGAAUGUGGAAAGACCUUUACUUGUAGGAGUAGUCUCAAUUCCCAUAAGAGAAUCCACACUGGAGAAAAGCCAUAUCAAUGCAUGGAAUGUGGAAAGACCUUUACUUCUAGUAGUACUCUCAAUACCCAUAAGAGGAUCCACACUGGAGAGAAGCCAUAUCCAUGCAUGGAAUGUGGAAAGACCUUUACUUGUAUCACUAACCUCAAUUCCCAUAAGAGGGUCCACACUGGAGAGAAGCCAUAUCAAUGUAUGGAAUGUGGAAAGACCUUUACUGGUUGCAGUAGUCUCAAUUCCCAUAAGAGGAUCCACAGUGGAGAGCGGCCAUAUCAAUGCCUGGAAUGUGGAAAGACCUUUACUUGUAGCAGUAGUCUCAAUUCCCAUAAGUGGAUCCACACUGGAGAGAAGCCAUAUCAGUGCCUGAAAUGUGGAAAGACUUUUACUUGUAGCAAUACUUUCAGUUCCCAUAAGAGGGUCCACACUGGAGAGAAGCCAUAUCAAUGCAUGGAAUGUGGAAAGACCUUUACUAAUAGCAGUAAUCUCAAUACCCAUAAGAGGGUCCACACUGGAGAGAAGCCAUAUCAAUGCAUGGAGUGUGGAAAGACCUUUACUUGUAGCAGUAGUCUCUAUUACCAUAAGAGGAUCCACACUGGAGAGAAGCCAUAUCAAUGCCUGGAAUGUGGAAAGACCUUUACUAGUAGCAGUAGUCUCAAUUCCCAUAAGAGGAUUCAUAGUGGAGAGAGGCCAUAUCAAUGCCUGGAAUGUGGAAAGACCUUUACUAGUAGCAGUCGUCUCAGUUCCCAUAAGUGGAUCCACGCUGGCUAGAAGCCCUAUCAUUGCCUAGAAUGUGGAAAGUCCUUAUCUUAUGAUUACUGUCUUACAAUCCAUCAUAGGAAUCACAACGGAAAAAGACCUUAUAAAUGCAUGGAGUUUGGAAAGAGCUUUACUCCUACUGAUCAUCUUAAUUCCCAUAAGAUGAUCCACACAGGAGAGAAGCCAUAUCAUUGUAUGGAGUGUGGAAAGACCUUUACUUAUAGCAGUAGUCUUAAUUCCCACAAGACGGUCCACAUAGGAGAGAUGCCAUAUAAAUGUGUGGAAUGUGGAAAGGGUUUUAGGUGGAACUGUGCUCUUAUCUCCCACAAAAGAAUCCACACAGGGGAGAAGCCAUAUCAAUGCAUAGAGUAAGAAAUUUGUUAAGCGAGGUUUGCUCCAUUUUAUGACUCUUACCACAUUUAUUGAGUGAAUCAUUGGAACUGUUAAAUUAAUAACAUGGUUGUUAAGUGAAUCUGGCUUCCCCAUUGACUUUGCUUGACAGAAGGUCGCAAAAGGUGAUCACAUGACCCUGGGACCCUGCAACCGUCAUAAAUGUUUAGUCAAUUCUCAAGCAUCCGAAUGUAUAUCAUGUCACCAUAGGGAUGUCGUAAGCUUGACAAAUGGUCAUAAUUCACUUUUUUCAGUGUGGUUUUAAAUUUGAGUGCUCACUAGACGUACUGUUGUAAGUCGAGGACUGCCUGUAUUGGAAUUCAACAUAAUUCAAGCACAAGCAAUAGAAGAAAGUCACAUAUAUAUCAAUGUAUCCUGUGUGAACAGAGUUUCAGGACGAUGAAUUCCUCUCACAAAAGAAACCAGAAUGAGAAGCUGUGAAAUCCAUGUUCAAAUAUGUUGAAACAUCUUGAGGUAUUACAGCCAUGGUGGCGCAGUGGUUAGAAUGCAGUAUUGCAGGCUACCUCUGCUGACAGCCAGCAGUUUGAUUCUCACAGGCUCAAGGUUGAUUCAAUUUUCCAUUCGUCUUGAGGCCAGUAAA